AUGUCGAAUACAAAGGUUCUGGGAUCGAAAGUGACCCGUUCAUCGUCGAUUGGAUGUUACGCGAUCCUGUCAAUCCGUUGGAGUUCACAUCCAUUCGCAAGUGGGGCUUCACCUCCCUUUGACGCAUCACAGCAUGUUGUCGUUCUGGGACUUUCUUUCGAGCUUUACGGCCGGAAAUAUGUGUUUUCCUUUACCUACGCCGUGGUUAAUAUAUUCAGUGUCGCUACCGUCGUUGCGCCCAGCGUACAAAGUCUCAUCAUCUUCCGUUUCCUCGCUGGCGCGUUUGGCUCUUCGUAUCAGACUAAUGCUGAUGGAGCUAUUGCAGACAUGUUCGAAGCUGGAGAGCGAGGGUUGGCACUGACCAUCUUUGCGGCUGCUCCGUUCCUCGGCCCAGUUAUUGGCCCAACCGUUAGUGGCUUUGUUGAUCAGAAUCUAGGCUGGCGCUGGGUUCAGGGUGCGAUGGCGAUAUUCGUCGGUGCCACCUAUGCCCCAGUCCUCCUCCGUCGAAGAGCUGCUCAUCUUUCGAAAUUGACAACGAAACACUACAAAAGCGAUAUGGAUGUUCGGCGCGGAAAAACAAGUGCUAAAGAAGCAUUUCAAAAGGCCCUGCCCAGGCCGUGGACUUUACUGUUUCGGGAGCCGAUCGUGCUUCUGCUUUCCAUCUAUGUCGCAAUCCUGUAUGGAAUACUUUACAUGCUCUUUCCAGCCUUCCCCAUCGUUUACCGGGAAGCUCGUGGGUGGUCGAACAGCAUCGGCGGACUUGCGUUCAUCAGCCUGGCAGUCGGAAUGAUGGGUGCUGUCAUCUACUCAAUCUUCGAGAUUCGACGUUAUAACAGCAUUCUGGAGCAAAGUGCCUCAGGACAUGCCGAACCUGAAGCACGCCUGCCUCCUAGUAUUAUUGGAGCGAUUGCGAUACUUAUCGGUCUUUUCUGGUUCGCAUGGACUAAUAGUGCCAGCAUACACUGGCUCGCUAGUAUUGCAGCUGGUGUACCGCUUGAAUCUGGGGUUGUACUCGUGAUUCUCUCAAUCACCAACUACCUCAUUGAUUCCUACACUGUUUAUGCUGCCUCAGUACUCGCCGCGAACGCGGUUUUGCGGUCCAUCUUUGGAGCUGUAUUUCCUUUGUUCACUACUCAGAUAUACAGGAGUCUGGGCAUACACUGGGCUUCUACAAUACCUGCCUUUUUGUCAUUAGCAUGCGUGCCCUUGCCUUUCUUAUUUUACAUUUUCGGCUCGCUAAUACGUGCUCGAAGUAUAUUUUCUUUGGAUUCCGGGAACUUGAGAGACAGACAACCCAGGGCUGCCACGCCGAUGAGCACUAUUGGUGGCGAGCAAGUUUGA